AUGAUGAUGCAAGUGAAGUCACAUGUCCCCGGCCGACACCGCAAAUCCAAUUCGUUUCAAUUGGCAUUCUCGCCGCAUCCCAAGCACAAACGUCCCCAGGCUGUAUUGAAACGCACUUCCAUUCUGAAUUUGAAAAACAAGUCGGAAUGGCCCGAAUUGGUGGGGAUGGAUGGUGUGGAGGCACGGAAACGAAUUCGAGACGAAGUUCCCUCCGUCCAAGCGUCCAUUGUAAAUUUGGAAGAGAUGAUUACCGAAGAAUAUAUGCCAGGACGAGUUCAGAUCUUUGUGGAUGACAACUGCAAAGUCACUUGGCCACCACAAAUUGGAUAA